UGGAAGGAAAAAAGAGCUCGACACGGAGCAACAAUGCACUCGCUACACGUCGAGACCAGCAGCCAUCGAGAGGAUUAAUAAGCUGAUCAGGACUGGAUCCAGCUGAUCGGGGACUUGGGAGAGGUAUUGGCGAUCAGACGGGUCAAGUUUUAUGGUUGUUUCGAGGAGAAGCGAGAGGCACUAUCAAGGAUUACAGAGCUGUGACUGCUCCUCGCUCAGCCGGCUGCUGUUUGCAGACUCACGGAUACAACGACCAGAGAGGAUACAGUGCCCCCCUAAGAACCGGAUCGAGAAAAUACCAAUGGGAUCUUUAUUCUUUCUUCAGCGUCUGUCUGAACAAAUCAAUGAACGUCAAUAAGCUUUUGGAUUUGUGGUGCUUGCCAGAGAAUCAGACAGUCCAGAUAUUCCCGUUGUUGAGGUGAGGCCUUCUCCGUGCUGCAGUGGAGGGCUUCACAGACAAAGCUAGUCCGGCUGGAUGCAUCACGCAGUAGAGCAGUUUGGCGGGCGUGGCACACGGGAUUCCUUCCCUCUGGACGGACUCAGCCGGGGGCCAUGGGCUCCCGUGGGCGGCCGCACCUGGCAGCCAACUACCAGGUGUUCGCCUGGAAUAAACCAACACCAGCUCCUUUCCCAUCUACCUCCCGGUCCCAUGGGUGGACUGAAUCAUCCCAGUAAAUUCUUUAGUAAUGGGCCCAUGCGAGGAGCUGAGAAGCCUGAACCUCAGCAGCCAAUGUUACCAGGUGUGCAUCGGGAGCAACAGAGACCUCCUCAUCUUCAUCCUCCCCCUCCCCACAGAGCAUGGGAGCAACUGGGCCAGCUGUAUGAUUCCCACCUUCCUCCUCAAGGACAUGCUGUUAUGCCCUUUCACAGUGAGCCUACACUUCGUCUCAAUCACGGAGGGUAUGUAGGCAGCGGUGGACUUCCCCACAACAACCAUCUUUCUAGUAGACCAAACCAACUGCUGAAGUUUGGAGGUCCUCAGGAGCAGCACAUUCCCCGGGGUCCACCAUUGCAGGGAGAUGAAAUGUGGGCUCAGGUGCACCAGCAGAGGGGCUACCCAGGAAAGAUGCUUGGGGGUCAGCUGAAGAGACCAGGACCGCCAUUGGGAGAACACUCAGUCAUCCAACAUACUUCUCCACUAUCCCUACACCCGCCCUACCGCCCAGCUGUAGAGGACUGUCCCAGCCCGAGCAAGAGGAAGAAGAGUUUAGAUCAGGGAUCUCAUCCCGGGCUCCCGUGUUUUCCUGGCCCUGUCCAGUCUUUGUUAUCUCAGCAAGAGUCAUCAGUCCAUCACCACUCUCCAAAACCUGCCUUCUGGAACCCUCUCCACAAGAACAGCAGCAUUCCCUGGCAGCACCAGAACUCUGACCGCAAGAACCAACCAUCACAGGAGUUCCAGGUCCAUACUGAAACCAACAAACAUGGAAUGAGCAGCUACACCCAAAAGUCAUCUACCUUCUCCCCCACCCCUUCAAACCUCUCCCCUUCAUCACAUUCAUCUCCUAGAAGCUACAACCAGGGAUGUGCUCCUCAGCUCCAGAAAGACACAUUCCGAUCUCAGGCUGUAAACCAGCAGUCCUCUCAUUCCUCUUCUAACCCCAGCCCAAGCUCCAAACUGGGGCUAGUUCCAACCUGUCAGGCCGUGGAGCCUCAUGGUCAUCACAACCAGAGAGGCGCUCUCAUUAGGGGCCAAGGUGGCAGCCAAGCUACCUCUCACACGUCUUCUACCCUAAAACGGGGAGACAGAGAUCAUUACCUAAACGCCCGUGUGCCACCAGCAAACCCCUCUGCAACCAGUAACAGCAACAGCAGUGUGCCUUACAGCCACUUCCAGCCUCAUCCAGGGCUGGAACACCUGGGUCCUCCACCUCCUCCUCAUCCAACUCAUCCAACUUCUCCUGCCAGCAGCACCUCAGUACCUCAGCAACAGCACAGUGGGCCUCAUGAGGCCUGGAGAUACCGGAACAGACCCAGCAGUCAAUCCCUCGAGUCGGGCAUCUACAGUGGUCCAGGACUGCUACCUCAGCACCAGCACGGCCACAAUCAGGUCAUAAAUAGUCAGGUUCCUAAGCCCCCCCAGCAUCAACGGCAUGUUAGCCCUCCUCUGCCCCAGACUAACUCAACACGAACACCUGUUAUUACCCCCAAUCUUCCUAUAUCCCAGGCCUCCUGCUCCAACAAUGGCUUUGGCAACUGUACCAACUCCGGUGGUGGUGGUUCCUCAUCUGGACAGACCACAGCACUCCCUGCUGGUUGCCCUGUGAACAAUAGAAGUAGUAACUGUUGGGAGAGAGGAAGAGAGCCAGUACCACAAACGUCCACCAGCAGCAUCACUAACCCGAUCCUUCAGCUGGAUUCACUUCUGCAGCCAGGAUGUCAAAGAGGCCAAACCAUUAGUGCCAACCAGCCUCACCAACAGGGUCUGUCCAGACCAAAACAACCAACCACCAAAUCCCAACCCAUAAAUGGCAGGACCUCAUUCUACACUCAGGCUGAACAGGAGCAACCUCCUCCAUUUUCCUCAUCUUCUCUGUUCUCCUCAGGGCACCAGCGGGCCGGGGACAGUGUGAUCACAAGCAGAGUUUUAAACCCUCUCUCUAUGACUCCUGCUACCUAUCGCUCAGCUUCACCCUCAAGGCUUCAACCCCUCUCAACAGUCAACGCUGCCCCUCUGCCAUCCAAGCCAGCCAUCUUUCCUGGUCUUGUUCAUCAGCAAGACACUGCCUCGACAAAGGUGUAUACUCAGCGCAAAAUGUGUCCUCCAGCUCCCACCUCUGUCCCCCAGUCAAUUGAAGAGGCCUUAGACAAGCUUGACGCGGAGCUUGAAGGUCAUAUGCAAGCUGUAGAAAGGGGGAAGAGAGACAGAGAGGACCAUGAAAAGAAUGAGAGAAUGAGAGCAGAGGAGAGGCAGAAAAUGGAAUGGGAACUUAUGCAAAAGCGGCAAGAGAGGAGAAAUGAGCAGGAAAGGAAGAAAGAGGGGAUUCAAAAGAGGGAGCUGGAUAGACAGGCGGAGGAGAGGAGAAGGAAAGACUGGGAGAGGCAGGAGCGGGACAGAAAGGGGAGGCAAGACGAGGAAAGGAGAAAAGAAAUGCAUAGGCUGGAGGAGGAGAGAAGAAAGAGAGAACUGGAGAGACAGGAAGAGGAGAGAAAAAGGAGAGACUGGGAGAGAGAACAAGAAAAGAAGAGAGAGUGGCAAAAACAAGAGGAGGAGAAAAAGAAGAGGGAGGCGCAUGAGAAAAAGAGGGAGCUGGAAAGGCAAGAGGAGGAAAAGAAAAAACAAAGACAGUUUGAGAGGAAAGAGGAGGAGAACAAGAGGAUGGAACGAAAGAGAGAGUCUGAGCUGUCCAGUGCGAAAGGCAAAGAGCAGACGGCCAUCGAGAACCUGGAGAGACUGCUCUCUGGCAGCACUUCCCCAGCACCUCCACCUCCUCCACUGUCUUCAGUCACUGCCCCCUCCUCAGGUCCGUCACCCCCAAACUCCCAGGCUUCACCCCCCUACCCCUGGCUAAGUCGUGGUGGCAUACCCGCUUGUCCACUGGGCCAGUCACUCACCACUGCUACCCCUGUAGAAAGGCUGCGACCUCCCCCUCUCACACCUCAGACUGAGUAUGCCAGAGAAAAGCAAAGGCAGAGAGAGAUGUGGAGCAACAAUGGCGGAACGAUUUUCAGUCCAUCAUCAACUCAGAAUAUCUCAGGGAUAAACCAGUCUCUACACCCCAACAAGCCCCCUGCCAUGCAGCCUGCACCCAACCAAUCCAAAGAUAUAGCCAGGGACAAAGAGAGCAGCCAGCGAUCUUUGCCAAACCUGGCACUUAGAGAGCCCCCCAAACUGUAUCAGGCUUUUCCCAGGGAGAAACUCCCUCAUCCACCUCUACCCUCCAGCUCCAGCUCCAGCUCCACAAGAGGAAUCCUGAACAAGCAGGGGGUAGGAAAUGGAAAUGACGGCAGCUUCAGCACUGACUCUGACAGUGCUCAGUUUGAGGAAGAGCCUUCUGAGUUGUCCACACUGCUUCCUGAUGGUCUGGCGAACAUAAUGGCCAUGCUAGAUGAAUCUAUCAAAAAGGAAGAGGAGAUGUUUAACAGUCAGAAGACUGAGUCAACAAGUCUUCUUGAUAGCUUUUCUCCUAGUAUCUCCCCAAUCAAAAGUUACCUGAGUGCCCCAGACCUUAUUCCAGCAACAAGGCAUCAGCCAAACCAUGAAGACUUUGGAUCCAAUCCACAUGCUAGCCCUCCUGUGCUCAGCCGCCAAGGCUCACUGGCAUCCCCUUGUAGUCGAACAUCCUCUCUAAAUGAGGAAGAUGAGGAUUACCUAAAACCGUCUCCAAGUGUUCAGACCCUUAAACAGCCAAUGGACAUGGAAAUGGGAGUAGGGAACACCAGUUACCGUCACAGUGACCUGGCUAAACUUUAUGGUCUCCCUGAGCAGACUAAAAGUGAGGCUGAUGAGGAGGAGGAUGAAGAUGAUUCCGAAACCCCGUCUUGCUCCCCUCCACCCCAAAGGCCUCACCUUCACCAAACAGGUGUAAACAGCAUGUUCAAGUCUCUUGCAACAGUCCUAGAGAGACAGAAGUAUGCUUACCGGGGUGGGCCCUUCGGGAGACCCCCUCCAUCAGCGUUGGUUGGGGUUAAAUAUUCCUCUUCGCUGUCACUGGGCCCUGAUAUCUGCCGCCAGCAGCAGGGCAGCUCUCCAACAUCAGAAUCAAUCAAUCCACCAUUUAGUCCUUCUUUCUCACCUCUGAAGUCCUCCCCUCAUCCUCAGUUAGAGGACAAGAAGCUGAAAAUAGAGGAUGCUGAUGUCUGGAGAGAUGAUGAAGAAACAACACAGAGAAGGAUGAACUUCAGGGAAGAGAAGAGUGCUCAUACCAUCUUAAAUCCCAAUAAGGUUGUCAAGGAGGAACACCUGUUGACCACCAUCUCUGAGUCUUCUCUCGCAGAGUUAGGAAAGAGCUGUGAAGUCAUGCUCAGUCGACAGUCACCCACUGAAAAGAACCUGGACAAGUCUGAUGGCCAAGGCAAAGUGGAAGACAGAUACAAACCUGUAAAAGUCAAGGAGCACAGAGAGAAAGACCGAAACAGGGAUAGAGAGAGGGAGAAGGAGAGGAAGAGAAAGCAUGGUCACAGCCACAGUAGCAGCAGGAAGCACGAAGAAAGGAAAGAGAAGAAGAAGCAUCGAGAAAAGAUAGAUGAGAGGGCCUUCUCCUCCUCUUUAUCAUCAUCAACUUCUUCAGCUCUUUCGCGUUCCAGCCACAAGCGUCACAAGGACGGCAAGAGCCACAAGGAGAAGAAGGAUCGCAGAAUCCUUGGUGACCUCAACUUACAGAGCAAGGAGGGCUAUGAGAAGAACUGGAGUAAUCUUUGUGCUGAUAAGAAGAAACGCAAUGAAGUUUCCAGUUCAAGCUCCACCACUGAAGGAGAGCAUGAAGAAUGGACGUCAAGAAGUUCUGUAGAUAGAUCCUCUGAACACAAGAUGGUCGCAGAGUCCGGUUCUUCAUUAGGUUCAACAGACUUCCUGAAACUGAAGGCGCUGUCAGAUGGUCCACCCAAGGAGCUGAAGAUCCGGCUGAUCAAGGUAGAGAGUGGUGACAGGGAGACAUUCAUCGCCUCGGAAGUGGAAGAAAAAAGGAUUCCAUUGGAGGAGAUAAGCAUCAAGAACUCUGCUGGAGAAAUUAUUAGGUCUUGCAAGGGGUCAAGAGUAAAAGGAAAGUUCAGAGAGUCGUUCUUGCUCCCAGCCUUCUCUGUGAAGCCCAUCAUGAACGCAGAGGAACCCAUCCCCAGAGAGAAGCUGAAUCCUCCUACACCCAGUAUCUAUUUGGAGAGUAAGCGGGAUGCCUUCUCCCCCGUGCUGCUGCAGUUCUGUACAGACCCCAAAAAUCCUGUUACUGUCAUCAGAGGCCUGGCUGGAUCCCUACGACUCAACCUCGGACUGUUUUCUACAAAGUCACUGGUGGAAGCCAAUGCCGAGCAGGCAGUAGAGGUGAGGACUCAGGUUCAGCAGCCUGCUGAUGAAAACUGGGACCCCAGUGGGACAGGUCAGACAUGGCCCUGCGAGAGCAGCCGCUCCCACACCACAAUCGCCAAGUACGCACAGUACCAAGCCUCCAGCUUCCAAGAGAGUCUGCAGGAGGAAAAGGGCAGUGAUGAGGAGGAGGAUUAUGAUGAUGAGAAAGAGAAGGAGAAGGAAAAGGAAAAGGAAAAGGAAAAGGAGAAGGAGAAGGAGAAGGAGAGGGAGAAGAAGCCAUCCAAUAACAGCGAUACUGUCAGCAAGGACAGCUCUAAAGAAAGCACUGGCACGGAGCAGAAGUCAGUGGGAAAGAUCAUUAAAUUUGGUACCAACAUUGACCUCUCAGAUCCAAAGAGGUGGAAGCCACAACUUCAGGAGUUGCAGAAGCUGCCAGCAUUCAUGCGUGUAGCAUCAAGUGGAAACAUGCUGAGCCAUGUUGGACACACCAUUCUGGGCAUGAACACUGUUCAGCUUUACAUGAAAGUUCCAGGGAGCCGAACGCCAGGUCACCAAGAGAACAACAACUUCUGCUCAGUGAACAUCAACAUCGGCCCUGGAGACUGCGAGUGGUUCUCUGUUCAUGAAAACUACUGGCAUGCCAUUAAUGACUUUUGUGAAAAGCAUGGAGUAGAUUACUUAACAGGGUCCUGGUGGCCAGUGUUAGAGGAUCUCUACAAGGCCAACAUACCCGUGUAUCGCUUCAUCCAGCGGCCUGGAGACCUGGUGUGGAUCAACGCUGGAACCGUUCACUGGGUUCAGGCUGUUGGCUGGUGCAACAACAUCGCCUGGAAUGUGGGACCUCUCAGUUCUUACCAAUACCAGCUAGCCCUGGAGAGGUUUGAGUGGAACGAAGUGAAGAAGGUCAAAUCCAUCGUACCCAUGAUUCACGUAUCCUGGAAUGUUGCCCGCACUGUCAAGAUCUCAGACCCAGACACCUACAAGAUGAUUAAACACUGCCUGCUGCAGUCCAUGAAGCACAUUCAGGUCCUGCGAGACCAACUGGUGGCCGACGGCAGGAAGAUUUCCUAUCAAAGCAGGGUCAAAGACGAGCCUGCCUACUACUGCAAUGAGUGUGAUGUGGAGGUGUUCGAUUUGUUGUUUGUGACGAGUGAGAGCAACAGCAGGAAGACUUAUGUGGUUCACUGUGAGGACUGCGCGCGUCAGCGUAGCCCCAAUCUGACCAACGUAGUGGUGCUGGAGCAGUACCGCAUCGAGGAGUUAAUGAACACAUAUGACUCCUUCAGCCUGGCCUCCUCCCGGUGACAGACCUCCCAUAUUGCAUCUUCUUAGCCAUAACCAAAACUCCUGCAAGCCAGGACAAAAGACACAGCUUCAUUUUGGUUGUCAACUUACCCUUUCAUUAUUUAAAAUUAUUUUUAGAUAAUUAUUGCUAAUACUUGCCGAACAGCCAGUUGAAUACGUUUACUCAUCAUAACUGUUUACAAAAGAAAAACCAAGCCGCCAAUUACAAACCAGUUUACUCUCAGAUGGUGCUUUCAACGAGUAAUCCUUGGCAAUGCUGAAGUUGAGAACCAGGGGAACGUUGGUGCUGCCGUUGAACAAACUUUGGAGGGUUGUGGGGAUUUUAAUGGCUUAUUUUGUAAGUACUAGAGAGAACUUCUUUCGGUUGUUGUUGUCUUGAAUACUGAAAUUUGUACAUGCUGUUUGCAUUUUUUGUGGGGUGCUGUCUUUUAACAAUAAUUAAUUUAUUGUUUUGUUUUUCUUAACUAGAUCAGCCUAGAUAUAUACCACAUUGGCCUUGUAUUUAGAAAACAGAAAAUGAGAAAUACUAAUGAUAGAGAUAUGAACUUUUUUCUAAAGCAUUAAGAUUUUAAAAAUACAAAUGUCGGGAACGCUUCAAAAUAUACGGGUUUUAAUGACUGGUUGUUUUUUUGUUUGUUUUUUUCUGGUGGGGGGGCUUUCAUUUGGUCCUUCAGGUUCUUGUAUGUGUUGUAAAUGUUGUGUUUCUUUGGAUUAUACUCCCUUCCUCUUGAGAUUAAUAUUCAGCUGACACUCAUCAUCAGGUCUUUUGGUUCAGUUACUACAUCUCUUUAUGAACUCUCCUCAGAAGUCAAAACGUAUUGUAACAGUGUAUGCGAGCGUGUGUGUGCGCGAACGUGUGAGUGCGAGCGUGUGUGUGUGUGUGCGAACAUGUGUGUGUGUAUGAACAUGUGUGUGUGUUGUACCUCCGAUUGCUUUUUUUAUUCUGACAUGCAGACUUGGUAUUUCAAAGAUUUUUUUUUUUGCAUUGUACCUUUAAUUUUAAAUGUUUCCUUUAUUUAUUGGAUAUCAAUGUUCCCCGUUUUCAUAGGGUCGUACAUGUUUGCGUUUGUUCCUUUGGUUUGUUUCAGUGACCGGUUGCUCUGUAAGAUCUGGAUGGUGGGGGCUGUGUGUACACAGGAGGAGAGGCUGCUUUUAUGCUGGUGCUUGCCUCUUCCUACUCCUGCCUUUCUCUCCCCCGAUUAAUAUCAACGACAUCUUUAUCUUGAAUUUAAUGUCACACUUUCUGUAGACAAUAGGCACACUGCUCACAUAGAGAAAGAGACUAAUGGAAUGCUGUUUGUGGGCUCAUUAAGGAAAAAAAAAACACGAAAAAAGUUUUUUCAAAAGUGUUUUGAGAAAUGAUAAUUUUUUUAUUCUGUAGGGGGCUUUUAGAUGAGAUUUUAAUGAUUUUUAUGAUAUUAUCUGUUGAAUAUGAUAACAAAAUAGAUGGUGCUAAAUGUUCUUUAUGAACAACCUUUCUUUCUCUGUCUUCUUAAAAUGAGAAUUCUAUUUUUCCUGUUGCAAUAUUACCUUACCCCUUUCCUUCUUUUGUGUUCAUUUAUUUAUAACUGCACUGUUUAGAGAAUUCACACAAACAUAAUUGCAUACACACACACCAAACUGAGCCAGACAUGUCUUAAACACUUGUGAAGUUGUGUGACAUUACUAUGACCAUUAAAUAAACACAUUUUGAUAAAUCCAGAA